CUUUUUAUUUGUAUACCUAUUGUAACAAUGAACGGGUUAGGUUUAAGAAUUAAUCGCGGUGGAGGUGGUAAAUCUAAGAAUUCAAUUGCAUUUUCCCCUAUCCAGAUCCCACACUCGUUAUUUGAAAAUGCAGCUGAAUCAACUGUAGAAAUUCAGGAAUUUAUUAAGUCAACGUGUACAGACGACCAAUUAGCAAUAUUAAAAAAUAUAACAGAAGCAAGCAAACAAGGAUUUGAUAAUGUUGUAUUAAAGUUUUUUGUUGCUGUAUUUUUCCAUGCAGAGGCUAAACAUCCUAUAAAGUGUUUUAUAUCAAGGCACAUAAUUAAAAAUGGCAGCUUACAGCAACCGUUUUCCGAUGAGCUGGCUUCUCAAGUGUUGUCACAGAUAUCGAGGAGCCCAUCGAACUACAAGCAGUUUGUAGACACUGUGGGCAAGCUGAUGAUGAGCAUUGAGAACUUUCCCGCUGGUGUAGUGGCUCUGCGGAGUGUGGAUGUAACUCUUGCAGAGUACUUGAAACAUUGCUUGCAGUGCUGCGUUACUACGCUCAGAGAUCAGCACACAUUAUCCCCAACAGAAAAGAACGAAAUAUUUAACCUAUGUCAUCUGACAUUGCGAUUACUUCUACAUAUCAUUCAGAAGAGUACAAAUGAUAGUUUAAGUAAAUUGAUCCUAAUGUUUAACGACAUAAGGUUGAAUAUUCACAAUCUUAUGUAUGAUGAUGAUGUUCCCAUGGACACGAAGUCUGUGGGUGGGAUAUUGUACCUGACUAUGCAUGUUACGGAGAAAGGAAGCGACAGUUGGAUACAAGUACUAAACUCAAGCAGUGAAUUGAGCAAGUUGAUGGAGUUAGAAGCAGCUCGGCUGAGCCUGUACUCUGCCGUGCCCACCGUGGUACUGUCAGCCCAGCUCCUCACACGGAGAGUGGAUGAUGGAGUCGCUAUACUUGUACUUACUGACCGGAUACUCGAGAUUGGAGAGAGUUCUUCAGAGUCAGCCGUUAUCCUUGGCGUCACGCGUACUUUGGUGCAAAUCAGCAAGCUACUGUUGCAGUUACCCAACAGUCGUAAAAGUGGCGAUAAACACGACACUGGCGACAACCACGAGACUGGCGAUAACCACGACACUGGCGACAACCACGACACUGGCGACAAACACGACAAUGACGACAAACGCGAUAAAGACGACAAACGCGAUAAUGACGACAAACGCGAUGAUGUCGACAGUGGCGAUAGUAUAGUGGGACUUUCCCUAGUAGAGUCAUUGCUUCGCUUCGCCUGGGGUCACCUGGAGCACUACAUGGACAGUGUCAGACAUCUCACCGCGCAGAUGUUGGGCGUCGUCGUCAAGUAUUGCGCCUAUACGAAUGCGAAAGGCGACAGUUCAGCGCUGGCCAAGUUGUCGAGUGCGCUGUCGUCGUUGGACCGGUCCCGCAAGAGUUACUAUGUGUGCGCGGGCUGCGCGGCCGCCGAGCUGCGCGCGCGCCCCCUGCUGGCGCUGCUGCGGCCCGCACCACUCCUGCGCGCGCUGCGGGACGCGGCGCUCAGGAACACGGCGAGCACAGCUCUAGAAGCGAUAUUAGAAAAGUUAUGCUCGGAGUGUAACACUGCACAAAUAAGCACAGAGUUAGUACAACCGUGCCUGCUCGCUGCACGGACCAGUGCAGACGCCGGCGAGCUCGCCGUGUUGGAGAAACUACUCGUGAAGGCAUGCACCAAGCGGGAACAAUUGCUGCAGGACUUGCUAUCGUACAUCAAGUCAGCUAGUACAGAGGCAUCUGCGCAGGAACUAAAGUGUGUACUCAUGUUGGUGCGAGUGGCGAGGAGGCUGGGGGCCGCGGGCACCGAGCCCUGCCCGGCAUGGACCGACGAGCCCCGCGAGGCAGGCACCGAGCCCCUCGCGGCGGGCACCGAGCCCCGCGAGGCGGGCACCGAGCCUCGCACGUGGCGGGGCCUCAUCAGCUACGAUCUACUCAAGCGAGCCGCGGUAGACGCCGUGGAUGAGACUCGUAUCCUGUCCCUGUCGGUAGUGUCCCAGUCCCCGCGCAGUACGGAGUCCCUGCUGCAGGGCGAGCUGCGCCACGUGCUGUACUUCCUGAGGUACAACUGUAACGUACAACAACCCAACUUCAGGCAACUCAUACUCUCCAAUAUGAACAAGUUCAUAAAACGUCUAGAAGAGAGCUACAAGGUACUAAGGCGCCAGAUGCACGUGGAAGGUGUGGCAGUGGAGGUGGGGAACUACUUACAGUUCGCGGAGGACCUGCGACGGCAAUGUUUCGCCAGUCUUGUACCGGGUGCCAAUUACACGCGGCGCUUCGUAGCGCUACAAAUACUGGCGUGGUGUGAGCAGAUCACCUUGGAAGGAUAUAACAAGAGCUGGGAGGCAGAGUACGUAGAGAAACUCCUGCAACACCUGGAGGACAGCUAUGAGAACAACAAGGGAUUUGCUCUGGAAGUAUUGGCCAGCUGUCCAACUGAACUACUCAAGGUAAACUCAUACAACUUUUGGCUUCUGCCGCCUUAG